AUGAGAAAAAUAGAAACUUUUCUAAAAGAAAUUCCAAUGCGAGGCCUCCCUAUAUCUAAUUCUAAUGUACCUUUGGAAGAGGCGAGUGCCAGCGCCAGUACGAAUGAUGUUGUCUCUGUGGAAGCACCAGAUGACACUCUAGAAAUGUCAAGUGAUACUAUAGAAUUAAAUACUACUACUUUAGAAUCAUCAAUUACUACUGGUACUCCAGAACCACCAGUUACUAUUACCAACUCAUCAAACAAAACCAAUAUUGAAUCAAAAGCUACAACCAUGGACCCAUCAAUUGAUGAUAUAAAAUCAAAAAUUAUUCCUGAAACCCCAUCAUCAAUUGCCACUCCCACUGCUUCUGUUGGAUCCAAAACUGCUCCUGAAGAAUUAUCAAUGGAUAUUUCUUCUGUGGAAUCUAAUAAUGUCACUAUAGCAUCAGAUGUGGCCACUAUGGGAUCCACGAUUGAACUUUCAUCACUUGAAUCGAAGAUUGCUAGUGUGAAAUCAAACGAUGAGAUUGUAGAGACACCAAUUGCAUCGAUCAAUGGUGAUGUUAAAUUAAAAUCCAUUCCUGUGGAAACACCAAUUUCAACUACAUCUGUUGAAUCUAUACCUGUUACUGCCGAAUCACCAAUUGCCACUGCCGAACCAACCGCCGCAACUACUUCUUUUGAAACUAACAAGAAAAAAUCCUCUACUAUUGAAUCUCGUAUCAAACCACCAGAAGGUAUUGAAAGUUCUUCCGAUGAUGUUACCAACUGCAAGAUCACUGAAUCAUCUAUUACAGAUACUAAAACGGACCCCCUCGUUGCCAUUGCCGAGUCAUCAUCAAAUGACAAAGAAACUCCUUCCAGUGUAGUAGAAACACCAAGUACAAUUACAAGUGAUGCUGAUGUUGUCAAAUCAACUACCAUAUCAAACACCGAUACAAUGGAAGAUCCCGUUAUGAUGGAGUCUACCACCAAUACAAGUAAUAACUCCGUUGAGAAGAAAAAGAAAAAAAAGAGUAAAAACAAGAAGAAAAAGAACAAGGGCAAAGGUAAGGCCAAGGACAAGGACAAGGACAAGGACAAGAAUGCUGGUGUUGAUAGUAUUGCCCAAAAGAACAUUGAUUUGGAUUCCAUCAUGGAUGGGAUAGAGGAGUAUUUAGGUGAGAUUGAUGGUGCCACUACUGUUGCAGAUGUAAACACAAGCACAGGGGCGAAUGGAGAAGCAAGCCCAGACGCGAAUGGAGAAGCAAGCCCAGACGCCAAUGCAAUUGCAAUCGAUACUGGGGCAACGAUUGAUGAGACCCAAGAUGAGACUACUAUUGUUGAUUCACAACCUGAUAUCCUGCCAACUAAUGAAUCAUCAGCUGUGGAGCCAUUGCCUGAGAAAGAGCCAGUAGAACCCGAAGUGGAGCCAGCACAGCCCGAGACAGAGCCACCACAAUCACAAGAAGCAAUCGACCCACCCACAAUGGAGCCUGCAGAAACACCUAACACAAACCUGGACACACCCCUAAACGCAGAGCCGCCCCUAUCUAUCGGCCGCAAGACAACCGAAGCAAACGAAGCAAACGAAGCAAACCAAGUAAACCAAGUAAACAAAAUUGAUAAAAUUGAUAAAAUUGAUAAAAUUGAUAAAAUCGACCCGGAAAAACCAUUGUCUAGCGGGACUGUAGACUCACACAAUGAUACCGCAUCAGGAAACAGCCCAGACACAAACAGCACCGCAAUCGACCAAACGGGAAACAGAUCUGACUCAAACAGGAAUGCUGCGAGCGAAACGGGAACCGUGUCUGACGUAAUACCCACCCAGCCCGAACCCGUUCCGGAAAUAGUCACAGAAACAGCUACAGAAACAGCCACAGAAACAGCCACAGCCCCCGGCAAUGACGCAGCCGAGAAUGUUCCGCCCCAGCCCAAAACGGCCAUUGCCCGGAUCUACGACGAGACCGAGGCUCUUCUACGCGAGCUUGAACUGGCAGGCGGGUUUGACAGCGCCGACGCGGUGGGGACUAUUGCCACUGCAGAGACCCCGCUCCAAAAGACCCCGCGCACAGAAGCUGCCGCAGCACGUCCCGCAGAGACCCCACCACACACAGAAGGCCGCGCAGCCGCACAGUCCUCCGUGCUCGUCUACACAUCGCUGGCUGGCGGUGGGUUCCACAUGAUGCCCCGUACAAACCGGCUGGCGACGAUCCUAAGUGCGAACCGAAUCGCUCACGAGUUCCGCGACUUGGGCACAGACACGGCCGCACGGCGCACGUGGCGGCGCGUGGCUCGUGGCCGUGAGUUGCCGGCAGUGGUGUACGGCGUGGGAAAUAAUGAUGGUAAUGUAUUAUUUGUAGACGAAGUGGUUCUCGGGUGGGAGCAAGUAGAACAAGCCAACGAGGACGGCACGCUGCGGGAAUUGCUGGGCGGGAUGUAA